CGCGGUGCAGUCCCCCUGCUGUGGCCGUGGCUCGUGCUCGCAGCCGUCACCUUUCGGUGGCUCUUCCUUCUGGGCACUGGCGCGUGCUCUCUGGUUGCUCCUGUGCACCUCUCGGUGCCACGUGGCUGCUUCCCUCAGGUGCGUGCCCAGGACCGGGGUGCCUGUCCUGGGGCCUGCAGAUUUAUUAGGUGUUUUCGUGGAAAUUGCCUCUGGGGUCAGGCCGAGGGGCCACCUCCUUGGAGGAGCCUCAGGAGCUGAUGAGGGUGACCGAGGGCAGCUCCCUGCUCUCUGUUUUCGGGGGAGCAGCAGCUGGGGCCCCUGGGAAAGCUGCUCGUACAUUCAGGGAAAGCCUCGGUGUCCCUGCAUCCCACUGGGUGGCAGGGCUUGGUGGGGCGGGGGCACGACCAGCCCAGGGUCCUGAGGAGAAAGGCCCCUGGAGGGAGGCUGAGCUGUGGGGGGAAGACGGAGGACUCGGGGUUCCUCGCGUCUGGCGAGACCCGCUGGUAGGACACAGGCUGUUCAAGGGCCUGGCUGGGAGUUCCCUGGUGGCACAUCAGGUUAAGGAUCCAGUGUUGGCACUGCAGGGGUUUUGGUCACUGUUCUGGUUGGAUCCCUGGCGUGGCAACUUUCUCCUGAUGUGGGUGCAGCUGAGAUACGCACACGUACGUAUGUAUUUGAAGAGGAGACAGAUGGUGAAUCCUUCUUAAAAAGAGGCCGAGGGGAUCCCGCAGUGGAGUGCGAGGACCAGACGCCCCAGCGAUGACCAGUUCCCCUGUCUCCAGAGUCGUCUACAACGGCAAGAGGAACAGCAGCCCCCGCUCGCCUCCCAGCAGCAGCGAGAUUUUCACCCCGGCUCACGAGGAGAAUGUGCGCUUCAUUUACGAAGCCUGGCAGGGCGUGGAGCGAGACCUGCGCAGCCAGCUGUCGGGCGGCGAGCGGGGCCUGGUGGAGGAGUACGUGGAGAAGGUCCCUAACCCCAGCCUGAAGACCUUCAAGCCCAUCGACCUGAGCGACCUGAAGCGCCGGAACACGCAGGACACCAAGAAGUCCUAAGGCGCCGGAGCCCCUGCCCUGGCCUCUGGGGGACCUGCACGCCCGCCGCGGCCACCGCCUCUCCCCUGGGCCAGCUCCUGGGAGGGGAGGGGCCUUGCUCCCCGCCGGCCGAGAAGCCCGGGACCAGGACAGGCGCGCCGGACGGCCCAGGCCGCCCCUCCUCCCUGAGCCCCUCUCUCCUCUCGGGGGAUCUCAGGCUGCCCCCAUCCUUGGGAGGGCCUGGGCCCUGCCUCCCCCCAGGGCUUGACCUGACUCCCCUCCCCUUCCCAUCACCUUCCGCUGCCCCCACCCCCCACCCCUGGCCACCGCUAGGAUCAGGAGGGAGACGCAGGGGCCUCUGUCGUCUCCUGUGCUGGCGGGACCAGGCCGGCUUUGUCCCCGAGGUGGCUGGGAGGCAGGACAAGGGUGGUCCCACCUGUGCCCAGCAUGGGUCCCCCACUGACCCCUGUUGCCCCUUUGGCCUGGACACGGGGAGCAUCUGACACCCCCCUUCCCCCCCCACUGUCCAGCCUGGCCCCUUUCUUCCCUGUGUCCGCUUCAGGAUGGCACCAGCUCUCCUGGGACACUGCCGUGCCCCCCGCGCCUUAGGAAGGGGUGUGGGGCUGCCCAGUGGGUCCUGCCCUGUGCAGUGAGCUGGGAGGGUGUCCUGUGCCCUCCAAGUCCAGGUGUCCGACUGGAACCUGAAGGCCAGUGAAUAAAGGUGGGGUGGCCUUG